AUUGCAGUUAAGGAAUUGCACCUUACUGGGAGUCUCAAACUGCUAGGUGCUUCUGUAAAGAAAAAUGUACAAGAAUUAAUAACUGAUUUGAAUAUAUUACCAAAACAAGAUGAAAAAAAUCCUUUAGAGAUCAAAGAAGUCAUCAAUGACAUUGAAGAUGUUGAAGAUGAAAAUCAAGGUGCUAGCAAGGGGCUUGAGUUGGAAGUAAAUGAUGAGGAAGAGGACCACCCAAAAAUCAACAAGGCAGCCUUUCAUGAAGCAUAUAAGUCUAUUCCAAUUCUUCAAAAAUGUGAUUGUGAUGACGUGGAAAUUAAAUCAUUGUUUACCGAAAUGGAAUGGAAGGAACUAACAGAAUAUCAAUUGGGAGUUCCUGCUAUUCCAACCCAUAUUGCAAAAGAAUUGUUGAAAUAUGGCAAGAAGACCUUAGGAGAAUUGCACAAGAUUGUAAUGACAUCGUAUCUUCAGGAUGAUGAUGUAUAUGACAUCCAACAACAUUAUGAUAUGGAAUGGAUCCAGAUGUCUGUAACACUUACAAAUUUAUAUGAAAAUACAGAUUUUCCUUUAGUACGAAGUCAUUAUGAAGACUGGUUUACCAUAGCUCUUUUUGGGAAUUGCAUAGAUUUUUGUAUGAGAGAUAUGCAGUUAGGAACUGACAUAAAGAGAACUGAUGUGCCAUCGUUGGCUUCUGCUAACAGGAAAAAUCAUGCCUGGCUUCUUGAGAUAGGGGCGAUUGAGGCAGCAAGAACUUUUAUGGGUGACUCAGAUUGGAAGUACCUCCUUGAAAAGUUUAAGAUGCCAAAGAUACUUCGUGAUAUGCUAGCAGAUAUUAUCAGGGGUGUAAACUAUGAAGAAGAAAGAGUGAAUAAACUUCAAUAG